UUAUGUUGUGGAUAUUCAAGGAUCUGGUACUAUUAAAUAUAGAUUAAAUAUGCAUUUGCUUGAGAUAAAUAGCUUGUCAUGGUGUCCUGUACCAGUUAAUGUUUUUGAAAAAAAAAAUACGAUAAAAGAAUAUUUAUUAGCAUCUGGUUCUAAAGAUAGAAAAAUAACCAUAUGGAGAGCUGGAACUGAUGGAAAAUGUCAAUUUCAAUGGCUCGCUUUUAAGAAUCAUUUUACAUCCUUUCUUUGGAUAAAACCAACAAUUUUACUAUCAAGUAUGCCAUGUGGGGGACUUGUCUCAUGGGAAUUUUCUGCAGACUUCCAGUGCCGCACCAAGCGGCAUUAUUUAGGCGAGUCGCCAAUUUUUUAACUCACU